ACACGGUUCUUCAGUCUGGGAAGUUUCAUACUGUCAUGGAGGGUUACACCACCUGUGGACUGUGGAUGCUCACCUUGUUAUUGGCCUAUGGACGACUCUCAGCAUUCAAUCUGGACACGGAAAAUGUCAUGAGGAGAGAUGGAGAACCAAAUAGCCUGUUUGGCUUUUCUCUCGCAAUGCACCGACAGCUUAGGCCACAGGACAAGAGAAUGCUGCUGGUUGGAGCACCACAGGCCAAAGCGUGGCUGAAACAAAAAUCUACCGUGACAGGAGGACUCUACAAGUGUGAGAUGGACUCUGUUGCGUGCACAAGAGUUGUUUUUGAUAAUGGUGAGGAUCCAACAAUUGAAAACAAAGAAGAUCAGUGGAUGGGGGUGACAGUGAGCAGUCAGGGACCAGGAGGCAAAGUUUUAACCUGUGCUCAUCGCUACAAGCGGCAGAAAAACGUCAACACUUCUCUCGAAACUCGUGACAUCAUUGGCCGUUGCUAUGUGCUGAGUCAGGACCUAACUAUUAAUAGCAGAUCAAGUGAAGAUGGUGGACGCUGGCAUUUCUGUGACAAUCGGAACCGGGGCCACGAAAGGUUUGGUUCCUGCCAGCAGGGCCUCUCUGCAACAUUUGACAAGGACUUCCACUACUUCAUCUUUGGGGCUCCUGGAGUUUACAGUUGGAAAGGCGUGGUACGCUUGGAACAAAAGAACGACACCUUCAUAGAUCUGGAGAUCUAUGAUGACGGACCAUUCGAGGCAGGAGAUGAGACUGAGAAGGACCCUAACAAGAUUUCUGUUCCUUCCAACAGCUAUAUGGGAUUCUCCCUGGACUCUGGGAAAUCUUUGACCACCAAGGGUCAGCUGACGGUGGUAGCAGGAGCUCCCAGAGCUUACUACAGUGGAGCGGUGGUUCUGCUAAAGACAGGAGGGCAAUCCACCAGGGUAAUGCUCGAGGAGUACACUCUUAAAGGGGAAGGCCUGGCCUCGUCUUUUGGAUACGAUCUGACUGUGCUGGAUCUCAAUGGAGACGGCUGGGAGGACAUUGUGGUCGGAGCCCCUCAGUACUUUGAGAAGGAUUCAGAAAUUGGCGGAGCCGUCUACAUUUACAUCAACAAGGCUGGAAGGUGGAACGAUGUCAAACCAACCAGAAUAGAUGGACCUGCAGACUCUAUGUUCGGCCUGGCUGUGGAAAACCUGGGAGACAUCAACCAGGAUGGUUACCAUGAUUUUGCAGUUGGAGCUCCUCAUGCAGACAGCGGUGCGGGAAAAGUUUACAUUUAUCACGGUCCUGCCACAGACCAAAUCAAAGCUUCACAGGUCUUAUCUGGCAAAUCUUUAGGAGUGAGGCAGUUUGGCUACUCUUUGGCAGGCAACAUGGACCUGGAUGGGAACUAUUACCCCGACCUGGCUGUUGGAUCUCUGUCAGAUUCAGUCUUUGUCUACAAGACCCGACCGGUUGUCAAAAUUGAGAAGAAAAUUACUUUCUCACCAAAUAAAAUCGACCUCAACCAGAAGAACUGUGGCAACGCUUUCUGCUUGGAAGUUAUGGCAUGCUUCAAGUAUGAUGCAAACCCAGCAAGCGUUGCUUCCACACUCAAAGUGAAGUACGAUCUUGAGGUUGACGCUGACCGCAAAAAGAACGGCGUUGAUCCCAGGGGAAAAUUCAUUGAAAACGCAGAUCCGGAAAAUCCACACAAGUCUACUGGGGUCAUUAUCAUGGACCAAAAAGAGUCCCAAAAAUGUGUUAAAACUAAACUUCUCAUACAGAAUGACAUUGGGGACAAGCUCCGUGCGCUCCCCAUUGAUGUUUCAGUGAACAUCCAGAAUGCUAAACGUAAACGUAGGCAGUCCCAACCUUCUCUACUUUCCCCUGUCCUGGAUCCCAAAGAUGUAGAAAAAACUCGAACAGAGGUGGAGUUUCUAAAAGAGGGAUGCAGCAACGAUGGUGUGUGUUACAGCAAGCUGAUGCUAGAAUAUCGCUACGGCUACACAACUGCUGAUGAAGAUACCUUUAUUGAUUCGGAGAUAGAGAAUGGAGUGCCAUGGAUCUCACUUGGUGAAAAGAAAAGUGUUGCCCUGAAAGUGGAGGUGUCCAAUCUGAAUGGAGACGAUGCAUACGGAGCUUUUGUAAUUGCCAAGUUCCCCGAUUCUAUGACCUACUCUUCAUGCCGGUCUCACCGUGAUCAGCUGGAAGUCACCUGCAAGCCAGAACCAGACGGAUCUAGUGCCGCCUUUGGGGUUGGGAAUCCUUUCAAACGUGACAAAAAGACAACUUUCUACAUUAUUUUGGAUGCCACAAACAAGGCCUUCAACACUACUGAAGUGGAUAUUGAACUGCAGUUGAACACGACGAGUAAACAGCAGAAUCUAAUGCCUGUGAAAGCAAAAGCUAUGGUGGCCCUCAUGCUGCAGCUGUCCUUAUCAGGGCAUGCCAGUCCAUCCCAGGUCUACUUUGACGAAAAAGCCAAAGGAAAGACAGAUAUUGAAAGCAAUACUGGCAGCGCCAUCACUCACCGGUUCACUAUAAUCAACCGAGGAAUGCGGCUGAAAGACAUUGGGACUGUCGCCCUUCGUAUAAAGUGGCCAAAGAUGACAGAGACAAAGAAGAAUCUGCUCUACCUGAUGAACAUCAGCUCCACUGAACUGAAGCAGAUAAAGUGCUCUCCCCUAGAGGAGAUCAACCCUCUUAACAAGAAACCAGUCGACAGAAAAAAAAGAGCCACCGACGAAAGAAUUAAGGGGAAACUUUCCCGCUUGAUCGGAGACAAGAAAUCCCAGACUUUGUCGUGCGACAGUGGAGCCAAAUGUGCGAUGAUAACGUGCCCCCUGGGGGGUCUGGACAAUAAGGCAUCCAUCACUGUGACGUCUUACCUGUGGGAUAGCACCUUCGCAGAGGAGUUUUCCAAAUUCCAUCACGUGGAGUUGAUGGUGAAUGCGUCUCUACACGUUGACAGCACGAAAAAGAACACAAUGCUGCAGAAUGCUGAGACACAGGUGAGGCUGACUGUGUAUCCAGAGCGACGUGAGGCUCGGUAUGGAGGAGUGGCAUGGUGGAUCAUUCUGCUGACCAUCCUGUUCCUCCUGCUGCUCCUGGCCCUACUGGCUUUCCUCCUUUGGAAGUGUGGAGUCUUUGGGAAAAAUAAGGCGGAUCCAUCCGACAAAGAGAAGCUGACAUCAAACUCAUAAAAAUGUGUAAAAUUUUUAUUUUUUCUAAAAUGGGAGAGCGCUUUAUUUUUCAACGAUGCCAGAUAAAGGGCCCUCUUCCACUUGCACUGGAUUGGACUAAAAGGAAAAUUUUGGAAAAGAAGAUGGAUAAGAUCACAUGGCAAGAAAACUACUGAAUAAGAAAUCUUCCUGUACAUAAUAUGUUGGUGUUAUUAGUUGGAUCGCAAGAUAUUUGCCAUUUUGUUUAUUUAUAAGAGCUGAACAUUUUGGAAAAAAAAGUCUUUACAACCAAAUAUAGUAUCAAAAACUGUUCUUUUGGGGGGCUUAACUAUUCUUAAAUUAACCAUUUUACAUAUACUGAAUCACAUGAGGGACAAGAGCAGCUUUGGGCACUCAUGUGAUUCAGGCUGCAGGGCUUACAGGGUUGGAAGCUGGAAAUGUUUGUAUUUUCAAAUUUUUUUUAAUCUUUGCUCUACAAACAGAAAUGACAUGUUUAUACUAUGAUGAAUCCAAAAUGCCACCCUAAGUGCUCAGUUACCCUUACCAGGUCAUUCAUAUUCUACACCUCACUGCAGAUGGCCUUUUGCCUCAUACCAGUUUUUUUUUCUAGGCUGAGAACUUUGUAAAUGUGUUGGCAUACAGUAAUCUUUUGUCCAAUGCACCGCUGCGAGAUAUGAAUUAUGAUUUACAGCAUAAUUUUAUAUGGAUUUUAAAUAAAAUGUUUUUCUUGUCUUA